ACAAACAAACAAACAAAAAACCUAAAACGACACCGGGCAGUGAAGAAACCAGGAAACAAUAAAGCUAGGAUAACAUAAACCAGAGGGCACACUAAUAAAUACACAGAAAGAAAAAUGAGCAGCAGGCUUCCACAGAAUCUGCAGGUGGCAGGGGAGUUGUGUGAGCUAGACAGAAGGAAAGCACGAGCCCACCAGCAGCAUCAGGACAAGCGCAAGCCCACCAGCAGCACCAGGACAAGCGCGAGCCCACCAGCAGCACCAGGAAACCAGCAACGGUCACUUCAACUGCUCUGCCACCUGCUCACACAACUCUUGCUGGUGAGCUCUCCCUGGGCUGGACUCCUUCACCUCACCUAGGGCUUUUAGCAGAAGUGGCCACAAAGUGUCUGGAGACCCCUCUGGCAGCCACUAUCUCUGGCAGCAGGACACCAGAAAGGCCUUGGAGCCCCCCAGGACCCAGGAAGCAGAAGGGCAGCAAAGCUGCAUAACAGGACAUGGAAAGUUCAAAGCUGACCAAGAAAAGAGCUGGUCGGAAGAGGCAGAGGAGCAGAUCUCCAGCCCUGCCCAAAAGGAACAUCUUGGGCUGCAGAAUUUCUCAUAAGUGGAAAGAAGGAGAUGAGUCUAUCACACAGUGGAAUGGAACUGUGCUGGAUCAGGUGCCAGUAAACCCUUCCCUGUACCUGGUUAAAUAUGAUGAGAUUGACGCUGUGCAUGCUCUGGAACUUUACAAAGAUAAGAGGGUAUUGUCCCUAAAAGUUAUCGCCAAGAGGGUGGUAUCAUCCGGAGUCACUGAUUCCAGCUUUGUUGAUGCCAUAGUGGGCAAAGAAGUUAAUCAUCUAUUUGAGGGUGAGCAUGGCUCUAAGGAAGAGUGGAGGGGGAUGGUCCUGAGCCAAGCGCCUAUCUUGGAUAACAGCUUUUAUAUUACUUAUGAGAGGGAUCCCAUAUUAUACACGUACCAGCUUCUGGAUGACUUUAAAGAGGGUGACCUACAAAUCAUGGAGGGGAUCAGUGACCCCCCUUCUUUAGACAUCGACCUGGAGCUUGUGGAUGGCCUGAUAGGAAAACACGUGGAAAACACAAAUGAUGACGGCUCCAAGAGGGAUGGCCUGAUCAUUUACCAGAUUGAAACCAAACCUAGAGUGUACCUCAUCAAGUAUGAAGAUGAUGUCCACAUACAUGUCACUCACUUGGAGAAAGAGUUCUAAUUAUUUAUCACGGCAUUGUCACAACUGUAGAAAUAAAGUUAAUUUCCUUGGAAAUAAAGUUGAAGUUGUAAUUU